UAUGCGCGCGCCCCAGAAAGCUGUUUUCCCUGCGGCGUCGCGCCCGGGCGGCCCGGGUGCAGACUGGGCCUGGGUACGGUCGGUCGUCCGCGUCGGUCAAGCGCCUAAACCAGUGCAGCCGACCGAACAUGACGCCGAGAGGAAAGUUUCCUGAAACAUUUUGAUAGAUUUCUAGCAACUUAACGGUCGAGGUGUUGUUGCUGCAAAGGACAUAACACAAGGUCAAUUUCUAGCAGAAUAUCAAGGAGAACUAAUUAGUGAAACUGAACUAGAAAACAGGGAAGAGCAGGCAGAAAGUGUAUUUCGGUACACUUUCUCUUGGAGAGGAAAAAAUCUUUGUGUGGAUGCCACAGAUGAACCAACUACCAGAAGUCUCGGGAGGCUGUUCAACCAUGGUUACAGUGAAUCUGAAAGGAACUGCAGAAUGAAAUUAAUUGCAUUCAGUAAUAAACCCCACCUGUGCCUAUUUAGUACAUGGAAUAUUCUAUCUGGUACUGAGCUCCUAUAUGAUUAUGGAAUCAAGAAGGGAGAAGAGCCAUGGAAGCAGGAGCCCCAGCAUGGCAAAUCCUCGCAGCAGCCACAGCCUUGCACAUCCUCAAAGGAGUGCCAGCCUUGCCACUCCUCAAAACAGCCCCAGCCUUGCCAAUCCUUACCGGAGCCCUGGUUUUGCCCAUCCCCAAAGAAUACCCUGCCUUGCCAACCACAACAGCCACAGGCUGGCCCAUCCUUACAGGAACCCCAGCCUGUCCAAUCCACACAGCAGCCACAGCCUGGUCAAUCCUCACAAGAGCCACAGCCUGGUCAAUCCUCACAAGAGCCAGAGCCUGGUCAAUCCUCACAGCAGCCACAGCCUGGUCAAUCCUCACAGCAGCCCCAGCCUGGUCAAUCCUCACAGCAGCCUCAGCCUGGUCAAUCCUCACAACGGCCCCAGCCUGGUCGAUCCUCACAACAGCCACAGCGUGGUCAAUCCUCACAACAGCCCCAGCCUGGUCAAUCCUCAGAACAGCCACAGCAUGGCUCGUCCUCACAGCAGCCCCAGCGUGGUCAAUCCUCAAAACAGAUAAACGCCUGGUCAAUCCUCACAACAGCCACAGCCUUGCCAAUCCUUACCGGAGCCCCGGUUUUGCCCAUCCCAAAAGAAUACCCUGCCUUGCCAACCACAACAGCCCCAGCCUGGUCAAUCCUUACAGGAACCCCAGCCUGUCCAAUCCACACAGCAGCCACAGCCUGGUCAAUCCUCACAGCAGCCACAGCCUGGUCAAUCCUCACAAGAGCCAGAGCCUGGUCAAUCCUCACAGCAGCCCCAGCCUGGUCAAUCCUCACAGCAGCCUCAGCCUGGUCAAUCCUCACAACAGCCCCAGCCUGGUCAAUCCUCAGAACAGCCACAGCAUGGCUCGUCCUCACAGCAGCCCCAGCGUGGUCAAUCCUCAAAACAGCCAACACCUGGUCAAUCCUCACACUCCACCAUUUUUCAUCUGAUUUCAAUUCCGCUUGCUUUAUGUGAUAGCACUAGGUGAUGGCUACAAUACUUCUUCACAGAAUUUUGACCUUUGACCUUGAUUUUUUACCUAUAUUGUUAAUUGGCUACAAAAUGCUACUCCUUCGCCAUUUUUCAUCCGAUUUCGAUUCCGUUUGCUUUAUGUGAUAGCACUAGGUGAGGACUACAAAACUUGUUCACAGAAUUUUGACUUUUGACCCCUUUGACCUAUAUUGUACAUUGUCUACAAAAUGCUUCUCCUUCGCCCUUUUUUACCCGAUUUCGAUUCCGUUUGCCUUAUGUGAUACCACUGAUCGUGAUAUAAUGGGAAUUUUACAUUAUCGGCGGGGACAUAUAUUACGCAUCGCGUAAUUUACUAAUCCACUUGUUGGAAAUUAUUUUACCAUAAAUUAUGAAAAUAUAAUGAAAUUCAAUCCACACAUGAAGUUAAUACACACAUUCAUGCUAUUUCUAAUGUCUCAUGAUGUUUAGAGCGCUGAUUGGUUGAGAGGAUGUAACUUACUUGGGGGAAUUCACCCCAGAUAUUGAUGUAAUGUCAGUGGAUGAAGAAAAAUACAAUGAUCAGACUGAAAAUUUGAGCAAAAUUGGAUGAGUUAUGAGUUUUCAACAUUUUAAUUUACACCUUUCAUGGGCUCCUUAAAUUGGCAACCUUUUAGGCACAAAAUGGCUGCUUGCAUGGAUAACACUCCAUUCACUUUGUACACAGAAUUUCAAAAUUUCUUCUUUUUGAAGAAAAGUACUAAAAAUUUUCCUUUUCAUUUUGGGAAGAAUCCUAUUGAUUAUUCCUUGUCCAUUUUUCUUGAAAAAGAACAGAAUGUGAAAUUAUGUGUACAAAGUGAAUGGAUAGUUCUCCAUCUUGACAGCCAUUUUGUGCCUGUAGGUUGCCAAUUCAAGGGGUGUAAAUCAAAACUUGGAAAUUUCAUAACUUUUGAAUGGAUCAUCCAAUUUUGCGCAAAUUUUCAGUUUGAUCAUUAUAUAUUUUUUUUCAUCCACUGACAUCAUAUUAAUGUCUGUGGUUAAUCCCUUUUUAUAAUGAAAAGACAUGUUAUACAUGGCACUUAAAAGGAGAGUCUACCCCAAAAUAAUAAUUUUUUGACAGGAGCACAAAAAAAAUUGGCGAGCAGAACAAAAUUAGCUCGAGGGAAAUCGGACAACUAAUAACAAAGUUAUGAAAUUUUAAAGAUGUGAAAAAACGGGCAAAUCAGUGAAAAUUUUCAGACAUAUUGCCAAUUUGAUGACGUCAUGGGUGCACUACUAACUAUUCAUAAAAUUUAUAUUUAUGGUUCAAAAUUCAUCACUUCUACAGAAAGAUACAAAGUUUGUAUUAAUUUAAAUAUGCAAAUAGAGGAGCUACAUACCUAUCAAGGAGAUAUCCAAUAGCCAAUGUUUUGAGGAAAUCAUAUUUUUUGGGAAAAAAGUAACAUUUUAUAACAUUGAUAUCAAUAUGAUAAAUGGCAAAUUGUGCACCUAUGACAUCAUCAGUUGCCAAUUUGUCUAAAAAUCUAAACAUUCAUAACUCUCUUAUUAGUUGUCCAAUUUCACUCAAACUUUUUUGUUCUACUCACCAAUUUUCUCUGUUUCUGUUGAAAAAUUAUUCUUUUUGGGUAGACUCUUCUUUUAAGCUGUUUUGCAAAAACACAAAUUUUGUCAAUCCAAAAUUUAUGUUAUAUUGUUUUGUCAAAAUCUGAUUUCAGAACGAUGCAAAACUUUUUUUCUUCGUUUAUGAAUUGUUCAACAUGCUCAAACAAAAUCUGGAUUUGGCAGAUAACCAGUUUUGCAAUCCUACAUGCCCCUUUGUCUAUGUUCAACAAUUUUGAGAAUUUUUUUUUAUGAAGAAAAAUAUUUAAUGAUAAAUGCAUUCUAAUGUCCAUAUAUUAGCUUUUGAGUUAUUAUGAUAACAUU